AUGCAGGUGGUUGAAGAAGGUUAUAAAAUAAGCGUACCGUAACUGCCAAAGCUUAUGCUAGCGGCUUAGCCGAUUCUUGUGGAAGCAAGCAAAACGUACAAAAAUUUGUUAACAUGGUGUAUCCAUUUUUUAUUAUUUCUUGGAUUCCAAUGAGGUUGCUACAUGCCAGAACUUAGUUGAUUUUACGCCUUUGAAACUAUCAAACAAGGUAAGUAUUCGCUCCCUGCACCUGCUAUAAGGCCAAUUACGUAAUGUAGGAACUCAGAAACGUAGGAUUUGCUAACCUAGGAGCAAGAGUCGGAUGAUACCGAGUUUACAAUUGGGAGUUAUCAGAAUCAACCAAUAGAAAGCCUCUACGCAAAUAAUUUACAUUCAGUUGAACUCUGAGGGUCCCGAAGUUUCCCGACAUGACGGGAACGCGGCAAACACCAUAAAUUUGUACACGACCCAUAAAACGUUUGCUUUUGAUUGCAGUAUAUCUCAUGCAGCAGUAUCCAGAUGAGAUGACAACCAAGCAAACAUCUUCUUUAGAUGGAUAGUAGGAUGCCACUUUUACAUAACCUUGGCUUUAAGUUAUUUAUUUGGUAGAUUUUCACCAUACUGUCUUUCUGGUGAUGUUAGUAAUAGGAGUCUCUGUCUCCGCAGCGCUUUGAGUGGCCACAACGGAUAAGACAGGAGGGAAGAGACCUCCCCCCCCUAACAGUCACCAUUGGACAAAACCAAUCAUGUUGGUGGAGGCCAACCUGGCCAUCGGCGAGUCCUAAUGGCGCUAGCAUCGGUCUGGAGCCACGGCACGUAGCCGAACCACCACCUAACCAAACCCUCUGCCGUGGAACCACACCUGCCUUCCGUAGGGGUUCAAGACCCUUGUCCUCUGAGCUACCUCCUAGCCUUGUCUGUGACUGCUAAGGGGCCAAACCUCUACAAGAUAUACCGCAAGUACAGCUUCCUGGAGUCCAGUAGCCAUACGUAUGUCGUUGUCCUGAGUCCUGGUGCGUGUUUUGCCCCCCGUGGCCAGCCGGCUCACUCAGGUAAACAAUAACCAGGACCACAAUAAAAUAAAAAUGUAAAAUAAAAAAAUAGUUUAUUCGUCACGUACACAGUUUACAGCAGGUAGAAAUGAUGAGUGAAAUGCUACUUCAAGCUUCGUUAACCGUGAAGUAUCAAUAUAAUUAAAUAAAAAUAACAAGUAGUAGAAGAAAGAAAGUAGUCGAUUUCGUAAUAAAACUGAAUAGAUACACAAUUAGGAUAUUCAGUAUAAAUUAUGAAUGUGCUAUGUAAGUAUGACUGUAUUCCAAAUAUAAAGUAAUAGGGUCUUGGGCACGCAGUUUCAGUAAAAUAGUAUAUAAAUAGACAGCAGCGUUGAUGUGAGUGUGCUUGUGUGUGCCCUUGUGUGUUAUUGUGGAUGUGUGGAGAGUCAAUGCAAAUAGGCUCUAAGGGCAGGUCUGGCAGGUAGACGCUAGGUUCGGCCGUUCAAGCAGUUUGAUGGCCUGGUGGUAGAAGCUGUCUCGGAGCCUGUGGUACGAGAACCGAUUGAUCCGAGAGCAAUAAAUAUAAGUCCUUAAACCAGUGUUUCCCAAUCCUGGGACCAAAGGGGUUGCAAUUAUGUUUUUUCCCAAGCACUAACACACCUGAGUUUGUUCGUGUCGGGCAAAAACCAUAUAAUGUGCAACCCUGUUGGUCCCAGGAACCAGGAUUGGGACACAAUGCGUUCGACUUUUACAAUGUAUUGGUAUGUUGAACUGCAAUGGACUGAGGCAGCUAUAGGUAUUUAAAAUGUUGCAUUUGUUAAUUAUAGUAAGGUCCUGGGACGGAGACGGACGCCUGGCGCGCUUUGCGUGGAGCGACUCAGCCUGUGCCUUUACCAAGCAUGUUCCCGGGACUACCGUGUCCUGAUCCUGGGAGGGCGCAUGCCAGGACCUGUCCACCUCUCUGCUGCCACAAGCGCGAGGCCUGGCCGUGCAGUGGACAUGUGGACGGGCCACGACGUCCCUAAAGAAUGGAUCCCUAGUACUUCCCCAAGGCUGCGAGCUGGAACCACGGGUUUGGCGGUGGGGGCCGGGACUGGUGGACUAAAAUGCGGCGGUGGUGGCUCCACCUGGGGCCUGUGGUGCCCUUCUCCUGGGCCGUUUUGCCCGAAUGGUGGCGCUGGGGGCUGGGUGGUGCUGACCGACCUGAGGACUGGCAGAAGAAGGAUGGAAGUCUGGAAGGGGGACAACAAGGACGCACUUGCUCGGUCCCUCUAGUUCAGCAACUCUAUGGCCCAGCGUGACUUUUUUCCAAAUUUUGUUGUGUUACAGCCUGAAUUUAAAAUGGAUUAAAGAUUGAAAUGUUGUGUCACUGGCCAACCCCAUAAUGUCAAAGUGGAAUAUGUUUUGAAAUGUUUAACAAAUUAAUUAAAAAUUGAAAAGCUGAAAUGUUCGUGAGCCAUAAUAUUUAACCCCUUCGGUUAUGGCAAGCUAAGUUAGGAGUAACAUGUGCUUAACAAGUCAAAUAAGUUGCAUGCAUAUUGAAUCUGGUGCAAAUAGUGUCAACAUGAUUUGUGAAUGACUACCUCACUAGUACCCGAAACGUACAAUUAUCUGUACGGUCCUUCAGUCAAGCAACACAUUUCAUACACAGAUUCUACACAAAAACCAGGGAGCUUUUCCAGUUCAACUACAAAGACCAGGGAGAGAUUUUCCAAAUCAACCACACAGGACCAGGGAGAUUUUCCAGGGCAUCUAUGGUAAAUGGGUAAAAAUACAAAAAUAAACAUGGAAUAUCCCUUUUACAUUGUGAUUCAUUAAUUGAGGGUAAUACGAGCCAUUGCGGCCCCUCAUGAUGAGUUCCGUUUUUUUGUGCCCCACCCCCCCCCCAUCAAAGUUCGCCAUCCCUACUUUAUCAUGUAAUAAGAGGCAAAACCUAUAUGCUACAAUUAGGAAACGUUGUCUUAGUAGAAAAUACAAUUCAAAUGGACAGUAUCUGUUUUCUCUAUUGUGAAAUAUGUUUCAUUUUACAUCCCUGGCUUUUUAAUAUACUCUGGUAUUAUUCCUUAAUUCAUUCAUUCACUGAGUGAUGAACCCAUUAAAUACGAGAAUUUGUUUCCGAAAGGGUGUAUCAUCGCUUCGACUUUCUACGGUAAGUAGUAGUUACUCCCUCUACUAGCCCCCCACACCACCAAAUCCAAUAAUUUUGUUCCCGCCACUUGUUGUCGUCUCACACUCCAGUCACCAGCAUAACAGGUUCCAUCCAUUACUACCUCCAACCUUACUCACCCCCUUUUUGCCGUGGGACCCAACCCUGCCCCCGUGGUCGACCCUGUUCCUCUGAGGCUUACCUCCUACCCUUUGGGCCCUGUUGACUGGCUACAGGGCCCAAAACCUCUACAACCUCUACCGUCAGUUCCAGACCUGGCUCCAUAUAAGCCAUUCCUGAUAUGUCGUUGUCACUUGGCAUCCUGUGUGCUGUUUGCCCCCGUGGCCAGCCGGCUCACUCAGGUACAAUAACCAGGACCACAAUAAAAUAAAUAAAAUAAAAUAGUUUAUUCGUCAGUACACAGUUUACAGCAGGUAUAAAUGAUGCAGUGAAAUGCCUACUUGCAAGCUUCGUCAACAGUGAAGUAUCAAUAAUUAAAUAAAAAAUAACAAGUAGUAGAAGAAAGUAGUAUGCAUUUUAGUAAUAAAACUGAUAGAUACACAAUAGGAUAUUCAGUAUAAAUUAUGAAUGUGCUAUGUCAAGUAUGACUGUAUUUACAAAUAUAAAGUCAAUAGUGUCUUGGGCACGCAGUUCAGUAAAAUAGUAUAUAAAUAGAACAGCAGCGUUGACUGUGAGUGUGCUUGUGUGUGCCCUUGUGUGUUAUUGUUGGAUGUGUGGAGAGUCAAUGCAAAUAGUCUCUAAGGUGCAGGUCUGAGCAGGUAGACAGCUAGCGUUCGCCGUUCAGCAGUUUGAUGGCCUGGUGGUAGAAGCUGUCUCGGAGCCUGUUGGUCCGAGAACCGAUGAUCCGAGAGCCAAUAAAAUAAUAAGUCCUUAAACCAGUGUUUCCCAAUCCUGGGGACCCAAAGGGGUGUGCAAUUAUGUUUUUUCCCAAGCACUAACACACCUGAGUUUGUUAGUGUUAGGGCAAAAAAUAUAAUGUGCAACCCUUUAGGUCCCCAGGACCAGGAUUGGGAAACACUGCGUUAGACUUUUUACAAUGUAUGUAUUGUUGAACUGCCAUGACUGAGGCAGCUCUAUGUGUAUUUAAAAUGUGCAUUAAUUAAUUAAGGUCCUGGGCCGGAGACGGACCUGCCUGCUCUUCUGCGUGACCUACUCAGCCUGUUGCCUUACCAAGCUGUCCCGGGACUACCUUGUCCUGAUCCUGGGUCGCAUGCCAGGAUGCCUGUCCACCUCUCUGCUCUCCACAGCCUUCGAGGCCUGGUACGUGCAGUGACAUGUGGACGGCCACGACUUCCCUAAAGAAUGGAUCCCUAGUACCUUCACCAAGGCUGCUAGCUGGAACCACGGGUUGGCGGUGGGGGCCGGACUGGUGGCUAACAUGCUGGCUGUGUGGCUCCACCUGGGGCCUGUGGUGCCCUUCCUCCUGGCCGUGCCCUGCAUGGGGGCCUGUGGCUGGGUGGUGCUGACCGACUGA